UAAGAAGGCCUGCGAUUAUAGCAAAGAUUACUACUUUGUUUCACUUGUAUUUGUCCACUAUAAAGCUAGAAAAACUACCGGGUGGUGUAGUGGACUCAAGAUGCUUAACUUUUCAAGUGUCUUAACCCUAUUGGUAUUGUUCUCUGUGUCAGCAUAUGCUGCAGCCUCUGAGAAUGUGUUUUCAGCCAAUGCUAAGUAUGGUGUAAUUUUACAUUCCUCAAUCAGUAAUGAUACUAUCUGCAAAUCAUUGGUGCAGCCUCAAGGUUAUGUCUGUGAGGAACACAACGUUACUACAAAAGAUGGUUACAUUCUUAGCGUGCAGAGGAUUCCAGUUGGGCGCUCUGGUAAGACAGCAGACAAGCCACCGGUACUACUGCAGCAUGGAAUCUUAGUGGAUGCUGCACCAUGGUUGUUGAACUCUCCAGAUGAAUCUUUGGGUUUCAUUUUGGCAGAUAAUGGCUUUGAUGUGUGGCUUUCCAACACACGUGGAACCAAAUAUAGUCGCGGACAUACGUCUCUGAGUCCAAAUGAUUCGGCUUACUGGGAAUGGUCAUGGGAUGAACUAGUCCAAUAUGAUCUUUCUGCUUUAGUCCAAUACGUUCAUGAUCAAACUGGGCAGACGUUGCAUUAUGUUGGGCAUUCCUUGGCAACUUUAAUUGCUUUAGCUGCCUUUUCCAAACAAGAGCUGUUAAACAUGUUCAGAACAGCUGCUUUGCUUAGCCCAAUUGCUUACCUGAAUCAGAUUCCUUCGCAACUAACAAAAGCUGCUGCUCAAAUGUAUUUAGCAGAAGAAUUAUAUAGGUUGGGUUACCAUCAAUUUCCUCCAGGGUGGGAUGUUCUGGCCCCAUUUCUGGAAAUGAUAUGCAAUAAACCAGGCAACAAUUGCUCCGACUUAAUGACUGCUUUCACAGGCCCUAAUUGCUGCGUAAAUUCUUCCAAGGCUGGUGUAUUACUUGAACAUGAACCCCAGCCAACUGCUACUAAGAAUUUGAUCCACCUAUCUCAAAUGAUUAGAACAGGAAGCAUAGCAAUGUAUGAUUAUGGUAGUAAAGAUGAGAACAUGGGACACUACGGACAACCGACUCCCCCACCAUACAACAUGAAAAGCAUUCCAAAAGACCUUCCUCUUUUCCUUGGCUAUGGAGGACAUGACAUGCUUGCUGAUAUUAAAGAUGUGAAGACAUUGCUAAAUGACCUAAAAGAUCAUGACAAAGACAAGCUGGCUGUAAUAUACAGGAAGGACUAUGCUCAUGCAGAUUUUAUUCUUGGUGUGAAUGCUAAUCAAGUUGUCUAUGAUCCUAUAGUUUCCUUUUUCAAGCUCCAUUGA